CUGGUAUAUAUAGACAUCUGGGCGUGUGACCGUGAAUUCAUUGUCAGAGUCGAGUCGUCUCAGGCAGAACAGAAAAUCCAUAACUUCUACAGACGGAAAUUAAAUCGAGGUCUAAGUGAAGCAAUGGCGAACCCGAAUCCUCUUAUUAAGUACACGCAGUUAUUUAUCAACAACAAAUUUGUUGAUGCCGAGAGCAAGAAGAAAUUCACUACUAUCAAUCCAUCUACAGGGAAAGUUAUCACUGAAGUGGCUGAAGGAGAUAAGGCUGAUGUGCUUAAAGCUGUCUCAGCGGCAAAAGCUGCCUUCGCCAGGGGAGCACCGUGGAGAGUACUCAAUGCCUCUGGCCGAGGACUCCUCAUCAGCAAGCUUGCUGAUCUCUUGGAAAGGGACGCCGAAUACAUCGCUAAUUUAGAAGCUUUGGACAAUGGGAAGACGUACCUCAGCGCUCUUGGGGACAUUCAAGCUAGUGUCGGGUGUCUCCGCUAUUACGCCGGGUGGUGCGACAAAAUCCACGGGAACACCAUUCCAACUGAUGAUGGCAACUUGGCGCUGACGAAGAAGGAGCCGAUUGGAGUAGUUGGCCAGAUUAUUCCCUGGAACUACCCCGUAGCAAUGCUAGUGUGGAAAUGGGGGCCAGCUCUGGCCACCGGCUGCACAAUUGUCCUGAAACCCGCUGAGCAGACCCCCCUGACAGCCCUGUACAUGGCUGCACUGGCCAAGGAGGCGGGAUUCCCACCUGGAGUCCUCAACGUCAUCACUGGCUUCGGCCCAACUGCUGGAGCUGCCAUCAGCGAAAAUCCAGACAUUCGCAAAGUCGCAUUCACUGGAUCCACUGAUAUUGGUCACGUCAUCCUGGAGGCAGCAGCCAAGUCGAACUUGAAACGCGUCAGCUUGGAGUUGGGAGGAAAGAGCCCAAUUGUUGUUUUCGAUGAUGCAAAUGUGAAAGAAGCAGCUAAAAUAGCCCACGACGCCCUCUUCUCGAACCACGGCCAAAGCUGUUGUGCCGGUUCCCGGACGUUCGUCCAGGCGAAAAUCUACGACGAAUUCGUGAAGUUGUCGAAAGAGCUGGCCCUCAACCGUAAGGUCGGAGAUCCCUUCGAUCCGACCGUGAUUCAGGGACCCCAGAUCGAUCAGGACAUGUUGGACAAAGUCCUCGGUUUGAUAAAAUCCGGAAAAGAGGAGGGAGCUGUGGUUGAGACAGGCGGUGAGCGCCAGGGUACCGUCGGUUUCUUCGUGAAACCCACCGUCUUCUCGAAUGUCAAAGAUGAUAUGAGAAUCGCUAAGGAGGAGAUCUUCGGACCUGUUCAGUCCAUUCUGAAAUUCAAUACUCUCGAGGAAGUCAUUGAGAGAGCGAACAACACCACUUAUGGCCUCGCGGCUGCGGUCAUAACGAAUGAUAUCAACAAGGCUCUUCUGUUCUCCGACGCUGUUGAAGCAGGAAGUGUCUGGGUCAACUGCUACGACGCCAUCACCCCGCAAACUCCAUUCGGAGGAUACAAGAAAUCUGGAAUUGGCCGUGAGCUCGGCGAGGAUGGCCUCGAGGGCUAUCUGGAAACCAAGACAAUCUCAAUUAAGAUUCCAUCACUGCUGUGAAAUAUUGACCAAGAGGCUGCGCUUUUAUAAAUUGUCUGAUGCAUGAAACUAUUUUUGUACUCGCCCAAUAAAUAAUAAUAUAGUUAUUCAUUA